AUGGGUGGAGUCAUGGUACUGUGGGAUUCUUACCGCACUAAAACCUCUCUCCUUCUUCGCCAGUAUGCAGGACCUGUAUCUCUACCUCUCUGGCACUUCCCUUACAACAUAUUAAUGCUGGCUUCCACUGCCACUAUACUCCUAUCCACACUCCUCAGCAUUUCACCGAUAAUAUUUUCUGGCUCUAGCAGAACUCCCAAUUCUGACUCCGCUCUGUGCUUCCUUCCAACCCAUCUGCAGCACCUAAAUAGCGUGUGCUCAGGGCUAUCGUUCUCCGCGCAGUACCAGUACUUGCCAAAGCAUCCAUGGCCAGACAGCGCCUGGCUUAGAUCCGCAAUAAUGUUUGACGUAAAAGGUACAGUCGCGAUUGUCACAGGUGCGCUUGGCGGGAUUGGAAGAGUUCUCGUCAGAUCGUUGCUCUCAAACAACGUCAAAGGAGUUGCAUUGUUAGAUAUUAACGAUGCUCAGGCUGAUGAAUUUCAGGCUUCACUCGAAAAGGAAUUCGGUCCUAACAAGACGCUCUUCUUGAAAGUAGACGUAACAGAUUUCGAAAAAGUCAAAGAUGCAUUUCAAAAGUGUGUCGAUCAUUUCGGAAAUUUGGAUAUUGUUGUGAACAACGCCGGAAUUAUUGGAAAAAUCGAGAUGGUCAUCAAAAUAAAUCUGCUGGCGACAAUUCAAAUAUCAAAUUUAGCUUUCUUCGAUUUCCUUCCAAAGUAUAAAAAGGGCAAGGAGGGUGUUAUAAUUAAUAUAGCUUCGAUUGCUGGUUUGUAUCCAUACUAUGUGCUUCCCGAUUAUUCUGCAUCCAAGCACGGAGUAGUUGCAUACACUCAGGCUUUGGGAUCGAAUGCCCAUUACCAGAAUACGCAAGUAAAGGUCAUGGCUCUGUGUCCCGGAGGAACAGAUACCGAUAUUUGGAAAGGUAUGCAUGAAUACUACCAACAGUUUAUGAACGACAUCAAGUUCACUAUUCAAUCACCUGAAAUCAUAGGCGAGAGUUUGAUCAAGGUUUUGAAAAAGGGAAACAAUGGUUCUAUUUGGGUUAGCAAGAACGACAAACCUGCCUUCGAGUUCGACUACAAGUCAGAAACAUUGCCGAUUUUGUGGAAACAAGUUUCUUAAAAGAAUGUACGGACAGAAAGAG